AUGCUACUGUAAAUUCUUGUUUACAUACAUCCACUUCCCCUGAAAAGUUCUAAACUUACGCAUUUCGGGUUGGAUUGAUCGGUUUGCAACUCUUCUUCAUCUUCCGUACGUCUGUUCCACUCGCUUAACAGACAAGAACGUCAGAGAAGAUGGACACGACAGGUGUCGUAGGCAGCCUCACGGCCGAUCACGAGGCUCGCCUCCAGCAAUUAUGGAUGUUCCUACUGAACGCCUUUGAGAAUCAAGAAUUCUUCGCCAACCGCCGUUCCAGCUUUUCGCGGCGCUCGUUGAGUAUCGAUGAACCACCACUAUCUCCAUCCAGCAUGAACAGCACAUUUUCCGGUGGUCGCCGCACAAUGUCCAUGUCCAGCAGUCACAAUAACAACUUCAGCAACCCUUUUGUGGCCACGGGUCCGAAUACGCCAAUAUCGCCGGGAUUUCCACCAAUGCCACCAACUAAGAACCAAGACCUAAAUGUACCGAAACCACAAUAUCAGCAUUCAUUCAAAAAAUUGCGCCGACGCACAUCGCUGCUCAGCAACGGUAAGAGCAGCAGUAACAAUAACGGACCCUUCAUCGAACCAUCAACCCCAAACCCACUCCGCAGAUCAUCAACCCGCAAAGGCGGACUCGCCUUUCAAACCCAAUCCAUGGGUGGCGUGGACCUACGACCCAGCCCACAAAAUGCAAAGAUCAUGCAACGGGUCCUGGCAUCCUACAAACUAACCCCUGACGAGCUGCGACUGGGUCUGCUAGCAUCCCUGAAACAAGACCAUCCAGACGCAUUACUUCUCCGAUUCUUGCGCGCACGGAAAUGGGAUGUCGGAAAGGCAUUUGUCAUGCUCGUUGCGGCAGUGGCCUGGCGGACGAAAAAAAUGCAUGUAGACGACGACAUUUUACCACGCGGAGAAUUGUAUGCGCUACAACAACUACGCAGUUCAGAUGAAAGACAGAAAAGAAAAGGGUGGGAUUUUAUGAAGCAGUUCCAUAUGGGGAAGAAUAUUAUUCAUGGUGUUGAUAGGGCGGGUAGGCCGAUUGUGGAUAUUAGGGUUCGAUUGCAUCGGGCUGAGAAUCAGUCUGCUGAGGCGUUGGAGAGGUAUGUUGUGCAUACGAUUGAGAGUGUGAGGAUGUUGUUACGGCCGCCGAUGGUUGAUACUGCAAUACUCAUAUUUGAUAUGACUGAUUUCUCCAUGGCGAAUAUGGAUUAUACGCCUGUCAAGUAUAUUAUCAAGUGUAUGGAGAACUUUUACCCGGAAUGUCUUGCUGCAAUUAUCCUGCACAAAGCGCCGUGGUUCUUUUCUGGAAUCUGGAAAAUGAUAAAAACCUGGAUGAACGACUCUCUUGUGUCAAAAGUCCACUUCACCAAAACCCUGAAAGAUCUCGAACGCUUCAUUCCACGACAAAACAUCCCUCCAGAUCUGGGUGGUACAGACGAUACAUAUCAAUACCACUAUAUCGAACCAGACCCAGAUGACCGCGCCGAAAAUUUGUCACUGGACACGCACUCGCCCACGCGAGACUUCUUAUCUAAUCAACGACAACGUAUUGCGGAGGAUUUUCUGUUAACAACUCGUCUAUGGUUACAAACAAUCGCGAUGCGUGAUGGGAUCGGACAAGCGGUUCAACAAGAUCGACGCGCGGAAUUAAUUGAAGAGUUACGGCUGAACUAUUGGAAAUUAGACCCUUUUAUUCGUGCGAGAUGUCAGUUGGAUCGGGAGGGAGUUAUUGUUAGUGAUGGAAUUGGUACGAUUGAUUUUUAUCCGCAUUUGAGGUCUGUUGAGAGGCGGAUUUCUAUGGAGGAUGUUACGACUGCUGAUGCGGUGGAGGUGGCUACUGCAUCGUCUUCGUUUUUCUCAAGGGAGAGUUUGAAUCAUAGUUCUAAUGGACAGGUUGGAUUGGGAUUGUUGUCUCCUUCCCCGUCGACUUUGAGCAUGGACCAUAACGCUGAAAAGGUCGAUCAACACACAGAGGACGAAAAGACGAGACCAGAUUCACUCAACUUUCUUGACGACGAAAGCAUCGAUGACGACGAAAGCAUCGAUGACGACGAAGAAGACGAAUCAAGCACAGCCCGCGACGAAAUAAUGCAAGAAUACAUGGACGACAACUACGACGAAUACGAACACGAAACACCAGAAUACUACCACUCCGCACCGGUACGACCGCCGCCGCCACCACCAACUCAUCUUUUACAUCCUACAACAACCCAGUAUCACCAGAAUAAAGAAACCGACAUCCAUAGCGAAACAUCGUUUGACCUCGACGAUCUUGACGAAGAAGACGAAGAAGAAAUUGAGAUUCACGAUGCGGUUACGCGGCGUAUUCCUUAUCCGAGAGGGGGAGGGUUUGUGGAAAGGGCGGCUGUUAGGGUUGUUAAUGUUCGAUGAUAAUUCUCUCCGGAUGCAUUUUGAGGUAUCAAAUUUGGUUAUAUUCUCUAGUACUUUUUGGAAUUGUAUUUGUAUUGAUUCUUUUCUCCUUUUUUGCUAUGAUGGAUGAACGUUAUGAUUGGGUUGCUCUGGAUGAGGGGAUUACUUACC